CCUCCUAGGCCCGGAACCUUUGCAAACGCUAUUCCCUGGGGCUCUUUUUUGCGGGUCCAAGUGCCGUUUUAUGCGAGUCCGGGAGCUUCGCGGGGCGACAGGCGGCAGAGCCCGGCCAGGGGCUUAGCCGAGGGCUGCGGGCAUGACCUGGACGGCGCGCAACCGCGGGGCCCUCGGGCUGCUGCUGUCGGGGCUCUGCUUGUGUGCGGCUCAAAGAGGUCCCCCUGGCGAGCAGGGUCCCCCUGGGCCUCCAGGGCCCCCCGGGGUUCCGGGCAUUGAUGGCAUUGAUGGUGACCGAGGCCCAAAGGGUCCCCCAGGUCCCCAGGGUCCCGCGGGAGAGCCGGGAAAGCCAGGCGCUCCGGGCAAGCCCGGCACACCCGGAGCUGACGGAUUAACAGGACCUGAUGGAUCCCCUGGCUCCGUUGGACCAAGGGGACAAAAAGGAGAACCUGGUGUACCUGGACCUCGUGGAUUUCCAGGUCGUGGUAUUCCUGGACCCCCUGGGCCUCCUGGGACAGCAGGACUCCCUGGAGAGCUUGGCCGUGUAGGAACUGUUGGUGACCCUGGGAGAAGAGGACCACCUGGGCCCCCCGGCCCCCCAGGACCCAGUGGAGCAAUUGGCUUUCAUGAUGGAGAUCCACUGUGUCCCAAUUCCUGUCCACCAGGCCGCUCAGGAUAUCCAGGCCUACCAGGAAUGAGGGGUCAUAAAGGGGCUAAAGGAGAAAUUGGUGAACCAGGAAGACAAGGACACAAGGGUGAAGAAGGUGACCAGGGAGAACUGGGAGAAGUUGGAGCUCAAGGACCUCCAGGAGCUCAAGGUUUGAGAGGCAUCACCGGCAUAGUUGGGGACAAAGGAGAAAAAGGUGCUCGGGGCUUAGAUGGAGAACCUGGGCCUCAGGGUCUUCCUGGUGUAGCUGGUGAUCAAGGACGGCGAGGACCUCUGGGAGAAGCAGGUCCCAAGGGAGACAGAGGGGCUCAAGGUUCUAGAGGAAUUCCUGGUCCCCCUGGGCCCAAAGGGGACACGGGCUUGCCAGGUGUGGACGGCCGUGACGGGAUCCCUGGAAUGCCUGGAACAAAGGGUCAACCAGGGAAACAUGGGCCUCCUGGUGAUGCAGGAUUGCAAGGAUUACCAGGUGUGCCUGGAAUUCCCGGUGCAAAGGGUGUUGCCGGUGCAAAGGGUACUACAGGUGCUCCAGGGAAGCCUGGUCAGUUGGGAAAUUCAGGCAAACCGGGCCAACAGGGGCCUCCAGGAGAGGUGGGACCCCGAGGACCCCGGGGACUGCCUGGCAAUCGGGGAGAAAUAGGACCCGCAGGAGCCCCAGGCCUACCAGGUAAACUGGGUCCUGUUGGGAGCCCUGGCCUCCCAGGCUUGCCUGGGCCCCCUGGACUUCCAGGAAUGAAAGGUGACAGGGGUGUAGUUGGUGAACCUGGUCCAAAGGGUGAACAGGGACCCUCUGGUGAAGAAGGUGAAGCAGGAAGAAGGGGUGAACUUGGAGAUAUAGGAUUACCUGGCCCAAAGGGAUCUGUGGGUAAUCCUGGGGAACCUGGCUUGAGAGGACCUGAAGGAAUUCGGGGGCUUCCUGGAGUGGAAGGACCAAGAGGACCGCCUGGACCCCGAGGAGUGCAGGGAGAACAAGGUGCCACCGGCCUGCCUGGUGUCGAGGGCCCUCCGGGUAGAGCACCAACAGAUCAGCACAUUAAGCAGGUUUGCAUAAGAGUCAUGCAAGAGCAUUUUGCUGAGAUGGCUGCUAGUCUCAAGCGUCCUGACUCUGGUGUCUCUGGCCUCCCUGGGCGGCCCGGUCCCCCUGGGCCCCCCGGCCCCCCUGGAGAGAAUGGCUUCCCAGGUCAGAUGGGAAUUCGUGGGCUUCCAGGCAUGAAAGGUCCCCCUGGAGCUCUUGGUUUGAGAGGACCAAAAGGUGACUUGGGAGAAAAGGGGGAGCGUGGCCCUCCAGGAAGAGGUCCUAAAGGUUUGCCUGGAGCUACAGGUCUUCCAGGUGACCCAGGCCCUGCCAGCUAUGGGAGAAAUGGCCGGGACGGUGAGCGAGGCCCCCCAGGGGUGGCAGGAAUUCCUGGUGUGCCUGGGCCCCCCGGACCUGCUGGCCCUCCCGGUUUCUGUGAGCCAGCCUCCUGCACCGUGCAGCUGGUCAGCGAGCCUUUAGCAAAGGGCCCGAUCCGUGAAGGGCUUAGUGCUGCAUAAACCACGCCUGGUGAAGGAGCUUGGAGGAGAGACACUACCGGAAGCUGGGGCAAAGAUGACAGUUACCUUCAACAUGAUUACAGAGUCCUACUUGACAAUCAGAUUUAGAAGAAUGGUGCUAUUCAAUAAGUCCUCUUUCUUUCUCUUGGAGGGAAGACAGCGGAGUCAUUGGUUAAUAAAACACACACACAAACCUCCCUUUAAAUAAAUUUAUAAUCCUGUUCCCAGGAUCUUGAACUUUAGUGUGCUAUAUAUAUGUGAUAUGUUGUGGGCCACUGUGCCAAUAAACAAAAACAACUGUUUGGUUUACCUCAGUGGCAGUAAUUAUUUUCAUUUUUUAUUUAGAUGUUCUCAGAUUAUUGUUUCAGUUAUAUUGGAGAUUACUAGACUGGUUAUGAAGAAAUCCCACUACAUUCAAUAGAACUGGUGCUUAAAAUCCCAUCCAUGUGCUUUCUUGGGAGUGGCAAGAAAGGGCUGUGUCAUCUGAAAUGAUUUUCUUAUAUCGCAUGUUAGUUUCCAUCUUCAGCCUGAAUUUUCAUUGAACUGUAUGUACUGCACCCCAAACCUGUUAAUAUUUUGAGCUCUUCUAUGUGAAAACAAGGAAUUUUAAUAUCCUGGCAUUCAUAAAUUUUAUUGAUGAGACUAUUUAUUUUAAAGGUUUGAGGUAACAUCUCUGGUUGUACCAAAGAAAUAAAUAUGGUUUCUGUUAAUCU